AUGAAGCGAGCCAUAGGCAAGAUAUUUCGGCCACAGGAGCGGCCUCGGACUGAUGGGUUACAAGGGGAGACGGAACGCACCGGGCCGUCUUCCCAGAGCUCAUCCUUUAACAGCUAUGGCCCCGGCGACCAAUUCAACGCUCCUGGCGGUACUCAGAACAUCAGCAAAGGCAGUGGCAACCAAUAUUUCCAAGCGCCCGUGUAUUUGGGCACCGACGAACCCCCAAAUCCGUCACGAGACUGCUUGAGAUCGCUGGCUUUUCCAGAAAUGGAGAGUCGGUCCCACGAUAUCGAUGCCGCCGCUGAGGGAACAUGCGAGUGGCUGCUUCGACAUAAAACGUACACGAACUGGGCCUCUUGUGAUCGUGGCCUGCUCUGGAUUAAAGGGAAGCCCGGCUCUGGGAAGUCGACGUUGCUGCGGUACGUUUUGAACAAUGUCACGGCAAUACCCAACAUCAGAGAGAGAGCCUUGAUCCUCUCGUUCUUCUUCCACGGUCGUGGUACUGAACUCCAAAAGACGCCGUUGGGCCUCUUCCGGUCGCUCCUUUACCAGCUCCUCAUUCAGGUCCCUGACGCACUGCCAGACCUCGUGGCCACUUUCCAACAGCGGUGCGAAACUGUUGGCAAGCCCGGCGAAAAGUGGCAGUGGCAUCCGUGCGAGCUGCAACGCUUCUUCAAGUCAUCGCUUCUGAAGGUGUUGAAGACUCGCCCAGUCUGGUUAUUCGUCGACGCGUUAGACGAAUGCAGCCCAGAGAAUGCGGUCGAGCUAGUUGGGGAGUUCAAGUCGUUGCUCCAGAGGCUCCCCUCUAUCAACUUGAAAGAGUUUCGCAUCUGCUUCACUUGUCGUCACUACCCGAUUCUGGACCUGGAUGGUGUGUUCACAAUAUACACAGAGGAAGAAAACAAGAAGGAUAUAUCGACUUUCGUGCGAGACAAGCUCUCUUCGUUCCGUGUACGAACGUCAUCCAUGAUUCCCGAUUUGAUCACGGAACGCGCCCAGGGCGUUUUCUUGUGGGCGUGGCUUGUGGUGAACCAAGUUCUGGACCUUGAGCGCAAGGGUGCCGGAUCAACGAAGAUUGACGCCGAAAUCCGCUCAGUCCCUCAAAUGCUCGAUGACUUAUACCGCGAACUCAUCCGAAACAUGGGCCCGGACUCUCUGAAACUCAUCCAAUGGAUCUGCUUUGCCACGCGGCCCUUGUCAUUAGACGAAUUGCGAUGGGCUCUGGUUGUCGAGGCCGAUUGCCCACACCGGUCAUUAUACGAAUGCCAGAGCGCAGGAGAUUACACAUCCGACGAGGAGGGGAUGAAGAGGCGAGUUCAGACGCUUAGCUGCGGUCUUGCCGAGAUCACGUCGGAUACGAAGGUUGUUCAGUUCAUCCACCAGUCCGCCCACGACUUUUUCGUCGAGAAGGGCCUAUUGGUUCUGGACGGGGCCGCGGGACCCGAUUUUCUAGUCGGAAUCGCACACUAUCGGCUUUCUAGGAUCUGCAUACACUACUUGGCGAUGGAGGAGAUCGGUCGGUUGGCAACGCUUAAGCGCAACGACAUAGCAUCCGAGUUUCCAUUCCUGCAUUACGCCACGACCUCGUGGGUGGCGCACACGAAGGAAAGUGAUGCUAGAAGUGUCCUUCAAGACGAUCUUCCGGAAUAUUUCGCCUGGCCAUCAAACACUCUUGUGGAACGAUGGGCGCGUGCUUACAGGAUAUUGGAGAAGUAUUCUGACUGUCUGCCAGAAGGGACUAGUCUGGUACACGUUCUGUCGAGGUAUGGAGUGGUAGGGGCGUUGUGGGCAAUUUUGAAAAGGGCGGGCGUUAAUAUCGACCCCAAAGAUUCUCAUGGCCGGACGCCACUGUCGUGGGCCGCCGGGAGCGGACAGGAGGCCGUCGUCAAGCUGCUGCUCAAGAAGGGCGCCGACAUCGACUUGAAGGAUCGGUAUGUUCGGACGCCGCUUAGCUAUGCCGCCGAGCAAGGACAUGAGGCCGUCGUCAAGCUGCUACUCGAGAAAGGCGCCUACAUCGACUCGAAGAGCACGGGCACGUACAAUGCAGGUCAGACGCCCAUUAUCUAUGCCGCCGAGCGGGGGCAUGAGGCCGUCGUCAAGCUGCUACUCGAGAAAGGCGCCGACAUCGACUCGAAGAGUGAGGGCACGUCGGAUGAUGGUCGGGUUCGGACGCUGCUUAGCUAUGCCGCCGAGCAUGGGCAUGAGGCCGUCGUCACGCAGCUGCUCGAGAAAGGCGUUGAUGUCGACUGGAAGGGUGACUGGGAUCGGACACCGCUUAGCUAUGCCGCUGAGCAAGGACAUAAGGCCGUCGUCAAGCUGCUACUCGAGAAAGGCGCCGACAUCGACUCGAAGAGUUGCAUCAUGUACAAUUUUGGUCGGACGCCGCUUAUGUAUGCCGACAGGCAUGAGGCCGUCUUCAAGCUGCUACUCGAGAAAGGCGCCAAUAUCGACUGCCAGGAUCAGUGGGGUUUGACGGCACUAAGCUUGGCCGCCAUAUCAGGAAAAGUGGCCGUGAUGACCCUGCUUCUCGAGCGGGGCGCCGACCUCGAGUCGAAGGAUAACUCCGGUCAGACGCCGCUAUCUAAGGCCGCCAGCAGGGGGCAGGAGGCCGUCGUCAAGCUGCUGCUCGAAAAGCGCGCUGACCUCGAGUCGAGAGAUAAACAGGGUCGGACGCCGUUGUCGUGGUCAGCAGGGCAGCGGGUAUCGUUGGCAGCAACGGACGGGCACGAGGCGGUCGUCAAGCUGCUGCUCGAGAAGGGAGCCGACAUAGAGUCGAAGGAUAACGACAGUCGGACGCCGCUAUCGUGGGCAGCAACGGACGGGCACGAGGCAGUCGUCAAGUUGCUGCUUGAGAAAGGGGCCGACGCCCAGUCGAAGGAUAAGUCGGGUCGGACGCCGCUGUUGCGGGUGUUGCGGGUCACAAAGAACCCAUAUUCUCGAAAAGAAAAGUACGAGGCAGUGGCGAAGCUACUGGCAUCUGUCACUUGA